AUGGCUUCAUCUCAGUUACAGCAAGAAGCCAAAGAGGCAGCUUUCCAAGGCGACGUCGCAACGCUCCAACGGUGUUUUGAAAAUGGACUUUCAGCAAUGGAUAAAAAGGUCUACCUUAACGCCUUACAAAAUGGAGAUGUUAAGACCUUUCAAGUGAUUCUAGAUGCCGGUGGGGAUAUCAAUUUCACGAUGGGCUACAGCGGUUCCCCAUUAAUCUCUGCACUGCGACACAAGCACCAGAAUCUCCUUGAAUUUCUUUUCUCACGUGGUGUUGAUCCCAACAUGGGAACCUAUGGUCAACGGCUGCCCCCCCCUCAGCGUGGCCGUGCGUAUGGGGCGGAUGUUAAUGAGAUUCCAUUUCUACAUGUGGUUGCCUUUGUUGACUACCACCGUGAAGGGACGCCUCUCCACUGGGCAAUUGCUGGGGGUCAUGCUGAGGCUGUGGAGCUCCUGCUGGAGCAUCAUACAGAUCUAAAUAUGGUUGAUGUGGAGGGAGUCUCUGCCAGUGACCGUUUAAGUGAGUUUAGGAACAGUCUCGGCCUUUAA